GACAACCACAAAACCCAGAUUUUUAUUAUCGACAGUCAUCACUGCUCAUCAUCAUCAUCCUCUCAGCUAAGCUCCUUCUCCCUUCUCCUUCUCCCCAAAAGCUACCAUCUUUCUCACUCCUCCUUAUUUUUUUCUUCUCUUUCUUCACACCCUCUGAGCUCCCAUGGCUGCUCAAAGCAAUAAUCUGUAUAAAAAUCUAACCCUAACCCCUUAAAGGAGCUGCCUUUUUAGCUUUUCUCUGUUUCAUUUUUUGACUUUGUGCACUAUUUUUUGGACACCUUAGAUGUUCGAGCGAUGGAUAUAACCCCUUCCAUCACCACCACCACCAACAACACCACCAGCACAAAAUCCCCGGAAGCAGACAGCGAAACCCCGACCCGGAUCCAACCCGCGAAGCCUUUGUCCUUCAGCAACGGCGUCCUCAAGCGCCAACCGGUCAUCGUCACCUACAAAGAAUGCCUGAAGAACCACGCAGCCACCUUGGGCGGCCACGCUCUCGACGGCUGCGGCGAGUUCAUGCCCUCUCCAACCGCCAUACCCACGGACCCCACCUCGCUAAAAUGCGCUGCAUGCGGCUGCCACCGCAAUUUCCACCGCCGUGACCCCGAAGACCCCAUGCCGCCAUCCGCCGCCGCCGCCACGACGCACGUCAUCGAGUACCAGCCCCACCAUCGCCACCAUCCUCCACCGCCGACGCACGGAGGCAAUCGAAGCCCCAAUUCGUCUUCCCCGCCGCCGAUCUCGUCCACUUACUACCCUUCUGCCCCCCACAUGCUCUUGGCUCUUUCGACGGCUCAUGAAAACGCUUUGGGCGGUCCUAAUAACAAUCAUAGUCCUCAACCCCCAAUUGUUUCGCCGAGCCCGAACGCGAGGAAGCGGUUCAGGACCAAGUUCAGCCAGGAGCAGAAGGACAAGAUGUACCAAUUUGCAGAGAGGGUAGGGUGGAAGAUGCAGAAGCGGGACGAGGAGAUUGUGCAGGAGUUUUGCAAUGAGAUUAAUGUGGACAAAGGGGUUCUCAAGGUUUGGAUGCACAACAAUAAGAACACCUUCGCCAAAAGAGACGUCAUCAAUGGCAGUGGCGGUGGGAUUAGCAGACCCAACAUUCUGCUUGAGCAAGCUCACAACAACGGCAACGGCAACGGCAACGGCAACGGCAACAACAACGACGAUGAUGAAAAUGAAGAACAAAACGACGACAACAACACCAACAACAACAGCGAUAUGCAGAACUUAAAUCACUACCAGGGUACUGAUGGUGGUGCGGCGGGACAUGUUGGCACCAAUGGGUCGUCGUCUUCUUCUUGAUCCUUUUGAUGAAUAAUAAGGAGUUUAGCAGUAGAGUAAGACCAGUACUAUUAAUUAAUUACUUAAUUAGUUGCUCUCUCUCUUAAUUUUCUUUUUUUCUUUCUUUCUUUCUCAUUGUGUUUAGUUUAAUUAAUGAGACGAUCAUCACUUCACUUUGUUGAGGAUAACCUGGGAUGGGAGAGAUUGAUUGAUCCAAAAAAGGGAAUUAAUUUGCAUAUCUUCUGUUAGUUUUUCAUAGCUUCAUUACUCAUCCCAUCUCUAUAUGUUUUGAUAUUAGCAAUUUCAUCCCCUGAUAUAAUUUAUUUCUUCUUUGUGUAUUAAUCAUGUGAAGCUGCUUAGUUUAUUUGUGGAACCCCAAAAACAAAAAAGUAAUGAAUUUUUUUAAUGUUCA